AUGGCCUCGGCCACGCCCAACCCGCUCCUCACGCCGUUCACUCUCCCGGACGGCACGGAGCUCUCAAUGCGCAUCGUCUACGCGCCGCUCACGCGCGAUCGCGCCGUCGGGACUAUCACGCAGCCGAACGCCGCGAUUUACUACUCGCAGCGCGCGCACAAGGGCGGGCUCAUGCUCACCGAAGCCACGUGUAUCUCGCCCGAGGCGCACGGGUACCCCGACGUGCCGGGGAUCUACACGGACGCGCAGAUCGCGGCGUGGAAGCCGGUGAUCAAGGCGGUGCACGACAAGGGCGCGCUCUUCUACUGCCAGCUGUGGCACGUCGGCCGCGCGUCGCACCAAGAUUACCAGCCUGAUGGCUCUGCACCGAUGGCGCCGUCCGCCAUUCCUAUCAGUAGCGGGGACAAAGUGUACAUCAGCACUGGCCCCGCCGACUAUCCCACGCCGCGGGCCAUGACCGCUGAAGAAAUCAAGGAGGUGGUGGAGCAGUACCGCGUGGCGGCGCGCAACGCGAUUGACGCCGGGUUCGACGGCGUGGAGAUUCACGGCGGGAACGGGUACCUGCUCGAGCAGUUCCUCAAGGACGGUAUCAACAAGCGCGAGGACGAGUUCGGCGGCUCCCUGGAGAACAGGCUUCGCUUCCCCCUGCAGGUGAUCAAGGCAGUGGCGGACGAGGUGGGCGCCAGCAAGGUGGGCGUGCGUCUGUCGCCGUACAGCACUUUCCUAGAUGCUUCCGACUCGGACCCAGUGGCCACCUACCUGGGGUUGGUGGAGGCGGUGAACGGCAUGGGGCUGGCAUAUGUGCACUUCGUGGAGGCGCGCGUGCAGGGGAAUGUCGACCUGGAAGUUGUGGAGGAGACUCUGGAGCCAUUCCGCAAGGCAUUCAAGGGGCCCUUUAUUGCUGCUGGCGGUUACAAGCGGGAAACUGGCAUGGAAGCCAUUGAAAACGGGUCGGCAGAUCUGAUCACGUACGGCCGUCUCUUCCUCGCCAACCCCGACCUGCCGAAGCGCUUUGAGCUUAACGCACCACUCAACAAGUAUGAUCGCAACACCUUCUUCAGUGGGGAUCAGGUCAAGGGGUACAUUGACUACCCUUUCCUGGAGGAGCCUAAGAAGGCUGAAUAG